UAAAAAUUCCACUUGUAUUUUAUUAGACUUACCUACAUACAAAUAAAUAUUUUUCUUCAUGAUACAAAUUUUCAUCCGUCGCCUUUUUUUAGCAGAUUAGUUGUCUAAACUAAAUAACAAUUUUUAUCACUGUACACACUUCGUAAUCACCUGGUGCAAUGUACGGACACUUUUGCUAGUUAGUAUAUAGAUACAGAUAUAGAUAUAGAUUAAGAAGGUAGACAAAUAAAUAAAUGAGGACUUGUUAUAGUUGGUUGAGAUGAAAAAUUAUUGAAAAAACAAAGUUAGUUAUAGUUAACUAAUAUGAUAAAAUAGUUGGAGAAAUGAUACCAAAUUUGAAAAAUAAGUAGUUAUAUAUUUGGAUGGAGGGAGUUUAUAAGACAAAUAUAAUUAAAAAUAAUUUGUAACUUGGAGCCGCAUUUAACCAUGACAUUAAGAAAUUUUAACUAGGAUUUUCAAACCGACCCAUACAUGUAGGGAUGACUAGGCGCUGGUAACCAAUUAUCUAGGGCCAUGAGAGGAUUUUUAGACAACCUAAUUAAUUAUCUAGGGUGCCAAUGGAGAAAAAAAAACAAGAUACAUAUGGAGGAAGUUUUAUCAGAAAAAUGAAAAGCAAUCAAGUUGGGCCGGGCCUUCUCAUAAGCCCAAAUCGUUGGACCAUUAAAGCUUGCCCACCUCCCUCUCUAUCUCUCUCUCUCUCCUCCCUCCCCAGCAGUGCAGCAGUACCACGCGCGGCGCGCAAUGCCGUUCCUUAGCCCUCUCGCUGGCGAUGACGCCGACGACUACUACUACGCCUACGACUCCAGAUUCCGCCGAGGCAGCGGCGGCGGGAAGAUCGCCAAGAAGGAAAAGGACAAGGACAAGGACAAGGGCUUCCUCUCCUUCCUCCCCUGCUUCCUCCCCUGCUCGCCCGGAUCGGUGGAACCGACGGUGCACCGCCGCCUCCUCUCCUCCGACUCCAGCGACAGCGACAACAUCGCCACCGCGGACAUCACCGCCGACCUCGCCCGCCUCCGCGCCCGCUACUCCCGCCUCGCCACCGGCCCGCCCGUCCGCCCCCGCGACGUCCCCUGCCUCCUCGCGCGCACCGACGACCCGCCGCUCGCCGUGGCCGCGCUCUCCUGGCUCGGCGGCGACCUCCGCCCCUCCUGCAUCCUCCUCACCCUCCUACCGGCGCUCUUCCCCACCCUCCCCGCGCACGCCCGCCACGCGCUCUCCGCCGCCGCGCGCCGCCUCCACGCCCGCGAGGCCGCGCUGGACGGCGAGGUCGCCGAGUACCAGUCCACCUACGCGAUGAAGCUGGCGUGCGAGAAGACCAAGGACGGGGUGGCGGAGACGGCGGGGGAGGAGAUGUGCAAGAUGGCGCGCGCGGCGCGGCGGGCCGACAAGCUGCGGUGGCGCGCCGUGGAGGCCGCGGUGAAGGAGGUGCUGACGCCGGCGCAGGCCAAGGAGUUCCUCAAGGCCGUCGAGGACGUGGCGGCCAGGGCGGCGCGCCACGGCGCGAGGUGGCACGCGCGCACCGGCGCCGUCUCCGUCCCCGUCGAGGUGUUCGACCGCAUGCGCGCCAACGCCAGAGCAGCCACGGAUGAUGCUUGGUGAUCAUCAACGGUUUUCAUUCGAUUCUCCACUAGUUUUGUUUUGUUUGGACAAGAGAUUCAUCGCUAGUUUUACUUCAGUUCGAAUCCUUCUGAAAGCUUGGGCUGAAAUCGGCCAAAAUUGUUCAUGUUUUUACUUCACUUCUUUGCACCUAUAUACUGUAUUCCUGUCUCUACUUACAGAGAGGGAACUAUACCUGAACCAUUGUUUUCGAAUGAAGUUUGGAUGGAUUACACCUUUACAGAUUACA